AUGAAUUAUCGCGCUUUUGGGGACCGCAGUCCUACGGAAGACGCGAAGCCAGUGAACGCCCGGGCAUCUACCUUGGAGUACGCUAAGAAAGCGAUCUCCUCUUUCAUGCCACGACGGACGGUCCCGUGGGAUCCUAUCCGUAAUGAAGAACGCGACGCACCAGAGCAAAUUGUGCUAGGCAGUAUGGAUCCUCGCGUCUGUGUGCUUCUUAACAUCGCUGUUCAUGUGGAGAUGACCGGAAAGACGUCAUUAUCAUCUUACGUGUUUGGCAAUCCACUGGAUGGAGAUCGCGUCGUCCGCCGCUUCAUACAAGAAAUCUUCGUUGGAUCCACCUUCCACAAGCUGAAGCCAGGCAACCUGGGAACGCACAGCUUGCGAAAAGAGCGUGUACCCAUCCAUGUUGCUGGCGAGGGUGCGCAGCUUCAGCUCGUUGAAGUACGAGAAGACGCUGUCGAAAGCGGUGCUCUCGAACACACUAGCGGGGGCAUUAGCGUGGAUAGCACGCGUAAGGAGUUCGCAUCAAUUCACUCGCAGCUGUUCGGCAUGCAGCGCCAGACAGCCAACGUUUUGAACGAGGUUCUUCGUCGCGCACUGAAACUCAACGCGACUACCAAAAGCUGUUGGCGGUGGUACGACCGACCGAAGGACCUGUACGAGCUUUGGGGGGAGUACCAGUUUGGUUUAAGCGGGUUGAAACCAGCCAAAGCCUUCACUGCAGCAGAUCGCGGCGCCAACAAAUUUGCGUAUUCUCGUCGCAAGGUAUUCUGGGACGCCGUUGCUACGUUUGUACGCUCGGGGUUCACCAGCGACGUUGCCAUUGACAGAAUUUACGCGGCCUAUGGUCGGCAGCUCUCUGUCACUCGCAUCCUUGCCGCCCUUCGCAAUGACAAACACCAAGGUGGCCAUCCAUCUCUCCGUCUGUAG